AUCGUCCAUAUUUUUUUGCGUAGCAAUAAGCAUCUUGGCUCGGGUACGGUAACGCAUCAUGUCUGGACCAUACUACAACCCGGAAUAUCAGCAGAAUCAACCUGGUGGGCAGCCAGGCUAUGGACAGAGGUAUCCCGAUCAGCAACAAUACCUUGAUCCUUCGGCGCAACACAAUUAUCCUCAUUAUCAGGGAUCUACACCUCCGCCUCCGCGUUCUGCGUCGGGGUCACCAUAUCCUCAACCUCUGCACGAGUCCGGGUAUGGAUAUGGACAACAGCAGCGACCCUCAUAUGGUCCCAGUGAAUAUGAGCAUAGCAACCCACCAAAAACCGGAACGGCGCAUGAGUACUACAAUGCCCAUAACAGCAACCAAAGCAUCCCACGCAUAGAACAACACAAUGCCCCCGACAACUCUCAACUAAACGAUGAGACAGAAACCGGCGAACGCGGUCUAGGAGGCGGCCUCCUAGGCGGCGCCGCGGGACUCUUCGCAGGGCACAAGGCCAAUCAUGGGCUAUUAGGCACAAUCGGUGGCGCUAUAGUGGGUAGUCUAGUCGAGAAUCAGAUCAAAAAGCGUACCGGCCAUGGCCAUGGAUCGUCUUCUUCUGAGCAUGGAGGAGGUUCGUCUGAAUAUGGAUAUGGGUCUUCAGAUGGCGGUAGCCAUCAUAGCCACGGCCAUCGUCAUCAUCAUCAUAAACAUCAGGAGAAUCGGCAUCAUAGGCAUUCGUCGAGGUCGUCGCAUCAUUCGCACUCGAGGAAUAGGAGUUCGUCGAGUGUGGGGAGUCGGAGUGGGAGUGAUGAGCAUGAUAGGGAGAGUGGCAGGCAUAGGCGUCGUCAUGAGGAUUAUUACUGAUUACAUUGACUUAUGUUAUCUACCGCUAUGAGGUUAUGACUUUCAUGCGCCUUUCGGAUUUGUUUUAUUAUGGAUGAUUUUGACUUGUUUUGUAUGAUUUGAUGUGUAUGGGUUCAGUAUGUUACGAUAAAUAUGAGCUGUUGGGAUAGCGUGUUAUAUACAUGAUGCUUUGCUUUUCUCGAGAAUCCAUAUCCUUGUCCCGUCG